UACGUAAAAUCACUUCGUGAAUAGCAUUGCUCCAAGUUAUUUCCCGUCAACAACCCAUCCAUCGCCACGCUCCCUCUCAUCUCCUUGAUCGCCGGUUGCCCUUCCCGAAAUCACCACUCCGGCCGACUGCAUCUGCGCAGAUGCAGCUGCGCCAGUUCUGCCGCUCCGCCUACCAGAAAUGGCGCUCGUCGCCGCCCAGAUCGACCACCUCCGCGCCCUCGUCGCGGCACCUCGCCCGCGUCCGCACCUACCAGCUGACCUGCCUCCCUCCGCCUCGUUGUCCGGCUACCCGACAGCGACGAGGACGACGAUUACUGUCCGGCGCUCCGCUGCUACAACGAGGAGUACCACUACGAGGACGGGCAGGAGGGGAGCGAGGAGGAUGCCGUGGCGUGGAUCUGGAACGCCGGAUCUGCCUCCUCGAGAACGGACGAGAUAGGGAUGUAGGUGAAUCGUCCAUGGAGGAAGAGAAUGCUCCCCACCUGUAUGCAGAUGGGGCAUUAUCGCUGGACUUGGCCGGACAGGAAACAAGCUGAUUUUGUGCUGACAAGGCGUCACAUGAGGAGACUGGAAAAAAUGCAGACGAGGCCUUGCUGCCGGACUCGCCAAGACUUCCUCCAAGUUCGUGGUGUUUAAGGAAAGGAGGGCAGGUUCGUAGGGGGUUAACAAGCAAGAGAAGUUGGUCAAAGGCAGGCUUCAGUUAAGACUGAUUUAGAACCGGAUGAACAAUGCCAACAUUGCAUAGUUGUAUGCCAUCUAGGGCUGUCUCAAUUUCAUAUCACCCGGAGUUGUCUAAUGUCUCGGAAUAUGCUGAUCUCCGGAGGUAAUAAAUUUUACAUUACUUAGCAUACUUAGAUGAAAAGUUAAAUCAUGCAUGUGUUCGGAAACCAAGUUCAAAAUCAUGAUGUGUUAUCGGUUCCUUUAAUUUCUAAGUUGUGAGCUCUUUUUUGGGAAAUACUUGGGUUUGCUUGAUUUUCGUCUUCCUUAUGCCUUUGGUCAUCAUAGUAAUAUAUAUUUUGUCUCAAUUCAUGGACAUUCAACUAUGAUAUCAAAUAAUUCUUCACUUAUUGGUCGAUGCAUUUGUUAAAUUGUGUUGACUCAUUUUGCUCAUAGCAAUGCACGGGCAUUGUCCUAGGGCGUGUUUGUUUGCCCGCAUUAGGCCCAACCGGGCCCGCGCGAGAAGAAAAUUGUCCGUUUGGUUACAUGUGUUCAUUGUUUGGCCUGUUUGGCCCGCAUCACACGAUGUUUAAAGCACCACCAGCCAGGCUCGCUAGGAACCUCAGAAUUGGCAGUUUUUCCAUGGCCAGGCCCGCGGGAUGCACGUGGUCGGCGGCGGGUGCACGCGAGGAGCCAUGCUAGAAACUUCGCGUUGUUUCCCUAAUCGUCGACAAUAAUUAUCCUCACCACUCUCUCUCCCCUCUCUCCAUUCUCCCGCUGUCACACCGGGGGCGGCGUUCAGCGGAUUGGAGAACAGCAAGGCAACCACCGGCCUCCAUCACCGGCAUCAGAAACAUCACCCCUAGCACUUCGGCAGUGGCGAUCGAGACGGAGAACAAGGGCAAGGAGGUGGUGUCGGCAAUGGAGAAGGGCGAGGAGGUGGUGUCGGCAAUGGAGAAGGGCGAGGAGGUGGUGCCGCCCUUGGACGAGGUGCCGCUCACGGACGGGGAUGUGGUGGUGGAGGAGCCCCACAAUGGCAAGUGCCAGAACUAUGGGCACUACCAUGAGGUUGGGCCAACUCACUUCUGCAAGAUGAUCCUUGCCCCGAAGAUGGAGUGCCUGCCUAUGCCCCUGGACUUCACAAAGCACUUCCCCGCCGUGCGGACGGAGUUCAAGCUGAAGACAAACACCGACUGCGGAUGGAGGGUCACUGUCCGGCUGAUGAACGACCGAGUCACCCUCGAUCGGGGUUGGGCCCCCUUCGCCGUCGUCCACCAGAUCAAGAUCCGGUUCAUGGUGACCUUCAAGUUGCUGGUUCCCGACACCCCGAAGCUGACCGUCUUCAACGACGACGUCAUUGAAGUGGUGACCAAGUGUGGGAGGCACGACAACGCCUUCGCCGUGAACGUCUAGGAGACCUCUUUGUUGCACAUGCUGGUUUGGUUAGGACUAUGUCGUACUGGUUCGGUUAAAAACUGCUUAGUCUAAGUGUCAUGCUAUGUUGAGAACUGCUUGAUUUGGUUUAAACUUAUGUUUAUAUGAUAUCUAUUUGUGUGUCUUUGGUUUGUUCUGCCUGCCUAAUGUGCUGGUAACCUCACCACCUCCAUGAGGAGGUUACCCAUGGGGCUUGUUUCGUUU